GGCGCGCGAGGCUGCCGGCCGCGGCCAUGCCCGGGCCCUAGCGCCUGCCGCAGCCCGCGCCCGCGCCGCAGCCCCGCGCCCGCAGCCCCGCGCCCGCCGCCGCCUCUUCAAUGGGCAACCUGCUGGGCGGGUCAGCUUCCGCGAGCCCACCACCGUGGAGGACUGCGACUCCACCUGGCAGACGGACUCGGAGCCCGAGCCCGACGAGCCGGGGCCGGGUGGCGGCGGCCAGGGCCCGGGGCAGGAGCCCGAGCAGCCCGCGCAGCCUCCGGAGCGAGCCGGCGGGCGGCCCCGCGCCAGCCCCGCGCCCGACGAGGACGCCGAGCCCGCGGGCGCCGAGCAGGGUAGUGAUUCCACGGAAGCAACUGCCAAACCAAAGAGAAGUUUUUAUGCUGCAAGGGAUUUGUAUAAAUACCGACACCAGUACCCACAGAACUUCAAAGAUAUCCGAUAUCAAAAUGACUUGAGCAAUCUUCGUUUCUAUAAGAAUAAAAUUCCAUUUAAGCCAGAUGGUGUUUACAUUGAAGAAGUUUUAAACAAAUGGAAAGGAGACUAUGAAAAACUGGAGCACAACCACACUUACAUUCAGUGGCUUUUUCCCCUCAGAGAACAAGGCUUGAACUUUUAUGCUAAAGAACUAACUACAUAUGAAAUUGAGGAAUUCAAAAAAACAAAAGAAGCAAUUAGAAGAUUCCUUCUGGCUUAUAAAAUGAUGCUAGAAUUUUUUGGGAUAAAAUUGAUUGAUAAAACUGGAAAUGUUGCUCGGGCCAUUAACUGGCAGGAAAGAUUUCAGCAUCUGAAUGAGUCCCAGCACAACUAUUUAAGAAUCACCCGUAUUCUUAAAAGCCUUGGUGAGCUUGGAUAUGAAAGUUUUAAAGCUCCUCUUGUAAAAUUUAUUCUUCAUGAGGCUCUUGUGGAAAAUACUAUUCCCAAUAUUAAGCAGAGUGCUCUGGAGUAUUUUGUUUAUACAAUUAGAGACAGAAGAGAAAGGCGAAAGCUCCUCCGCUUUGCCCAGAAACAUUACACUCCUUCAGAGAAUUUUAUCUGGGGGCCACCUAGAAAAGAACAAUUGGAGGGAGGCAAAGCCCAGAAAAUGCCUGCCCCUCCUACAUCCAGUCAAAACAGCCAAAGUUCUAUGCACAAGAAAUCCAAGGACUCCAAAAAUUCUUCCUCUGCCGUUCAUUUAAGUAGCAAAACAGUUGAAGAAAAAAAAGUGGUACCAAAAGAGCCUGGGGAAGAGACAGACAGGCCCAGCCCAGAGCCCAGCCAUGAAGCUGCCAAACCAAGAAACACAGAAAAGGACAGUAAUGCUGAGAAUUUGAAUUCUCAACCUGAAAAAACAAACCCUAAUCUUCCUGAAAAAAAGGAAAGUUCAUCUCCUUCUGAAAAGGAUGAAGGAGAAAAUCAGAACAAAGACAGUGAAAAUUCUGAAAAUACCACUGGCCAUGAUGAGGUAUUAUUACAGUGAGUUAUCAGAAAGCCACAAACCAGUUUAGGUUAAAGGAAGAAAAAAGUACUGUCUAAUUUAUCCUGAAGAACAGAGACAGGUCGGAUUUCACAUAUUAGCCAUUUGUUUGUGAUUUUUGUUGUAAGAACUUUGUUGCUAUUUUGGAUGACAAUGGAUUGAAUAUUCAAUAAGAAAUUUUAAGACCAGAUCCAAUAAAUGAAUAUAUUCUCUAAUGGUUCUAGGAUACGAGUUUUCAAAUUUUAAGCUACUUUCAAAGUAUCUAGAAAUAAUCAUGAGGUAUUUGAUAUAUCAAAUGUGUGUCUUCUCAAAUGAUUGCAGUGUACUAUAUAAAGAAAAUCAACAGGAUAAUUUCAUUAUAUAGUCACCUUUACCUGAUUUUUAGGUUAAUUUUGAAACUGGAAGAGUUUGGUCUUCUCAGAUGUAUUCAGAAAGUAAUUUGGAUCCUUGAUUACAACACAUCAGUAUGUUUAUUUGUAGAUUUUGAUAAAUGGAAUGGAUUCCUUGGGUUGCUCUGACCUCCCCUGCUCAUCUGUCAGCCCUGCUGUCUCUCCCUGUAUACUCCCUUGAGCCGCCAUCUUUGUCAGCUUCCAUGUGAACUUCAAGUAAACAUUAGGAUGUUCUCCUAUGUUGAUAUCUAAAUAGAACAAGGGGAGUUUUAAUUGUAUGAUUUCAAAAAUUUUGUAUGUUUAAAGUAAUAAAAAUAUUUUCUCUUAAGUGCUUAAAAACGAAUUUUGGUGAAAUCCAAGAAAAGAACUUCACUUUUUAUGGCUGCCCCAUAUAAAUUUGGUGGUUGAUUCUGAAUGCAAAUGAGUGCGGAAUUAAAAAACAAAAAUGGAAAUUAUUCAUUUUUAAAAGGCAUGCUUCUUGCACUGUUAAGUAGUCCCCUAAACCAUUGAUAUCUUGGUGUUGUGAAGAUUGUGAAAUUACUAAUGUUGCUUAGUCCAUAGUGUCUGCUUUAAAAUAUACAUAUGUAAUGCAUCUUUAGAUUAACACACUUUGAAUUUGAGAAGUUUGUAAUUACACAUAUUCGGUUCUAGUAAGUACUUAAUGUGUUAAAUAACACUGAUUAUAAACAAAUAAUUUUAUUCCCUGUAAUGGUAUUACAAAUCAGAAAAUAAUCAGAAACACUGUGAUGAGAACUUCCAAAACAUUCAUACAGAUAUAGCCAAAGCAAUGAAUAGAGAUAUUCUUUUAGAAAGGAGUUGACUUCUUUAUAAAAUCUCUCUUAAGCGUUUAAGGAAAGUUUAACUCACUUUUGCCCCUCCAGAGAAUUUUUAAUCUAUCUUGUUUCUAUCAUAUCACACAAUCUUCUUUUGCCUUUAUCAAUCCACACUAUCUACAGAGGAUUUCUGGAAGAUAAUCACACUCAUACUAUAUUUUUAGAAAUGUAAUUUUAAUGCUUUGAAAUUUGCAUUAAAGCAUUGCAGUUGCUUAACUCUGACUUCUUAAAUGAAUCUUAGUGUCACUCAUGUUGUAUCCAAUAAGUAGGAUAUAGAAUACUUCAUCCUAUAAUUUGUCUGUUUUCACUUUUGGAUGCUUUGUGGUGAGGAUUAGGACUUGGGGAAAGAAUCUAGACUUGCAUUUCAAUUUCUUUUACAUGAAAGAAAUACACCCUCUUCUGUGGUGCUUGUUGUAGCAAUGUCCCUGUAGGUCUCAGUAAACAUUUUCAUAUUGGUUUAAGGGAUGAAGGUAGAUUGUCAAAUAAGGCUGAAUUCUGAAUUUAAUUCAGAAUAUCAUACCAAUUUUGCAUGUGUUCAAACUACUUUCUGAAUUUUUAAUAUAAAAAACGUGGCCAAAUACUACU